GUCAAGCUGUUUUUUAGUCUCAAUACUCUAAAUAUGAGACGCCGGGUUAGACGCUCAUUAAAUAUUUAAAUAUAAAAAGUCAAAUUUAAUACUUAUCUUUGUUCUUUUAUAAAUUUAAUAAAAUUAAUUAUAUUAUAUCUGCGGACUUUUUAGUUGAGCAGCAUUAGCGGUUGUUUUAUAAAAUUACAGAAGAGUAUUGUUUGAGAGGUUACAUUUAUAGCGAUAGCUAUAAACUAUUUAUUUUUCUGAUUAAUAUUAAAACAACAUGACUGCUUCACAAUUAUCUCCACCAAAAGUCUUAAAAGAAUUGAGACUUCCAAUUUCGAGGGUUAAAACAAUUAUGAAAAGUUCACCGCAGGUGGAAGCCAUUGGUCAAGACUGUCUCUUUUUAGUAGCAAAAGCAACAGAAUUAUUUAUACAUUAUUUAUCUGAAGAAGCUCAUAAAAAAUCAAAUAAGGCUAAUAGUUUAGAUUAUAAGCAUUUAGCAGAAGUAGUUCAAACAACAGAUACAUUAGAAUUUUUACGAGAAAUAAUGCCAAGAAAAAUCACAGUUAGACAAUUCAAGGAAAUGAUGGCUGCAAGAAAUGCAGAAACUUCUUCUGAUUCUGACAGUGACAGUCAAUCAGAUAGUGAAUCUAACUCUGAUAGUGAUGAUAAAGCAGAAAAUGGAAAUUCAUCUGAUAGUACACAUGAUAGUAAUGAUAAAAAAAAUGGCAAUAAUUCUUCAGAAGAAAGUAGUGGAAGUGAAAGUGAAGAUGAUGCUAAAACAUAAUUUAGUUUCAAAAGGACGUCUGAAUAAAAAUAUUUUAAUGUGAAUGUUUGUGUUAAGGUUUAAAACAUGUACAAAAUAUCAGAUAAGUUGAAUAUUUAAACUUCUAUUUUUAAGCUGUCUAAUACUGAGUAAUGAACAUUUUGUAUUAAAAAAUAAACAUUGAAUAAGA